AUGAAAGAGUUCAGAUUGGCUAUGAGACAAUUUGCCAUCAAUGAGGAGUUUGAGUUUGCCAUUAAGAAAACUGACCGAACUAGAUACAUUGCUAAUUGUAAUGCAGAUGAUUGCCCUUGGCACAUUGUUGGUAGAACGCAGCCUGAUGGAAGAACUGUUAUGGUCACAGUAUUGAUUGCCCUGCACAAGUGUAUGUCCAGUAGUAGGAGGAAGACUACUACAGCAACAAGUGCAUGGGUUGCUUCAAAGGCUGUUCAUAUCCUUAGAAAGAAGGCAAUGGGCACUAAAGAGUUGCAGCUGAGGUUGCAAGAUGACCACAAGUGCACAAUUCAUUAUGAUACAGUGUGGAAGGGAAGACAAAAGGCUCUUGUAGAAGUGUAUGGUAGCUGGGAAGAUAGUUUUCAGCAGCUAUUCAAUUGGAAGGAAGAGGUCAUGAAGCGGUCACCAGGUAGUAUUAUUGAGAUUGAUGUCAAGGUUGUUGCUGGUCAGGUGUACUUUCAUAGAUUUUUUUGUGCAUUGGGUCCUUGCAUUGAAGGCUUUAAAGAAGGAUGUAGGCCAUACCUUAGUGUAGACUCUACAGCACUUAAUGGUAGGUGGAAUGGGCAUUUAGCUGCAGCCGCAGCACUAGAUGGUCACAAUUGGAUGUAUCCUGUCGCUUUUGGAUUUAUAGACUCUGAGACAUCAGAUAAUUGGACUUGGUUUAUGACAAUGCUUCACAGAGCUAUAGGAGAUAUGCCUACACUUGCUAUUUGUUCCGAUGCAUGCAAAGGGUUAGAGAAUGCAGUACAGGAAGUGUUCCCUCAAGCUGACCAAAGGGAAUGCUUUAGACAUCUUAUGCAAAAUUUCAUCAGGAGAUAUGGUGGUGACACUCACUCUAAGAUGUACCCUGCAGCAAGGGCAUAUAGAACUGAGGUGUUUCAACAGCACAUGCAGUCAGUUUUAGAAGCAUCUAGUGAUGUGUUGGUAUGGCUACAAACUCAUCAUUCAUUCAAGUGGAUGAGAUGUGCCUUCAACAAAGAAAUCAAGUGUGAUUAUGUCACAAAUAACCUUGCAGAAUGUUUUAACAAUUGGAUCAAAGACAUAAAGGACCUACCUGUUUGUGAGCUAGCAGACAAGCUGAGAGAAAUGAUUAUGGUGCUCUGGAACAAGAGGAGAAGUAUUGGAGAAAAAUUGACUGGUAACAUUCUACCAGCUGUUAUUCAACAACUAAAAGCAAAGACUAGAGGAUUGGGACACUUGACAGUGGUGAAAGCAGACAAUGUUCAAGGGGAGAUAUGGAAUAAUAGUAGUGGGUCCAGGAAUGUUGUUAAGGCGCCUUUAAAAGAAUGUACAUGCUUGGAGUGGCAGCACACAGGGAAGCCAUGCCAGCAUGCUUUGGCAUUACUAACAGCCCAGGAAAGGGAUGUCAACCUAGAGGACUACGUACAUGUCUACUACUCUGUGGAGAGGUUUCAAAAUGCAUACAAGAGAUUAAUUGAGCCACUGCCUGACAAGUCACACUGGCCACAUGUAGAACUGCCUUUUGUUGUUGCAGCACCACUUGCUCCAAGGGGUGUAGGGAGGCAAAGGAAACUCAGGAUCAAAAGCUUCCUUGAAGGUGGUGGCAGCAAAACUAGUAAAUCUGGUGAGAAAAACAGUAGUAAUGAGACUGAUCCAGGAAAGAAACAAAUGAUUAGAGGGAAAAUACAAUGCAAAAGAUGUGGAGAGUUGGGGCAUGGUGAAACCAGCUACAAAUGCUCUCUUAAUGGAACAAAGAAAAGGAAGAGAAAACCAAGAAAAAAUGCUACAAAAAGUUCUUCCAAAAGUUCUACUAAGAACAAAGCCAAGAAAGCAACCAAGACAAAUGAAGAAGCUUCCACCAGUUCUAUACCAACCCUGGAAACAAUAAUACAAAACAGCCCUGGUAGAGUUACUAGAAGCCGACUUGCUAUGCUGCAAAGAGGAGAAGGCACUAGUACCCAGCCCACAGUGGCAGCCUCACCCACCAAGCAAAAGACUGCAGCCAACAAAAGUCCUGCAAGGAAGCUGGCACCUAAGAGACUGAAGAUUAAUUGAGCUGUCAACUCCAAGUCUUAGCAAUUCAUGUACCUGUGAACUUAGUGUUUGUGAUCUAAAUGUACCUGUCAACUAAGUAUCUGUGAGCUACUUGUGAACUCAGUAUUUGUGAGCUAGCUACUUGUGAACUCAGUAUUUGUGAGCUAUUUGUGAACUCAGUACUCAGUAUCUGUGAGCUAUCUGUGAUCUAAAUGCAAGCAAGAUAUUGCUGCACAUUGUGAUACA